UAAGGUCAGGAAGUACUACUCGGGGUUAAACAGCCCACCCCGAUGAAAUUCUGAAUUUAGCUAGCCAACGGUAGAUGGUAAUAAUACGAAUGUGACUUUAUAUAUGACAGCAAACGUUUGCUAAAUGUAUGGAAAAUUGCUGCGCUUAUUGAUUAGUACGACAGUCUUUUGUUAAGACUUAAAAUGUCGGAUUUUUGUUGAUCUCGUAUUAGGAGCAACACAAUGUCAGACUAGCCAGACAGUUAGCUAGCUUACUGGCUUUUACAAGCAAGUCAAAUAUAAAUAACUUCGUUUCUUAGCUGACCUAAGUUAUUUAUUCGGUGUUUUUCCAACGUAUGCAUAAGAAACGGUGUUAUACUUUAGUCAACGGGAAGUUCUGAUGAUAAGGUUGUUGAUAGUUCGAUAGCUAGCCAGCUAGCUAGCUUUAUACUGUCCAUCUAGCUAGCUGAAAUUAUAUUUCUGAAGAUAGACAAGCAUGUCAGUUUUUGACAGGAUGGUGACAACUUGGCUGCUGUUUACACUGUUGCUGGUUAUCUCGCGAGGCGUAACUGCUGACGUCGAGGAAAUGAAUGGUGAAGCAGAUUCCAAGUCCUUUGAAAAUCAGAAGGCAGAAGAUAAGGUGCCAGAGGACACAAAGGAUGUUGUGGGACAGGCGAUACUCUCCCGGGAUGAUGCCCCUAAGGAAGAGGAGCUGAGUGAGGGGCAAACUGUUCGGGAGGCGGAGGGUGAGACGGGCGCGACCCAGGAGGAGGACCUGCCCUCACAGCCCGCCCCGAAACUAGAAAAGCCGAAAGAGGUUCCUGUGGCGAUUGGGGGCACUGCCGCUGGGGAGCCCUGCAUCUUCCCCUUCCUCUUCCUGGGGAAGGAGUACUCGGACUGCACCACGGAGGGGCGGGGGGACGGCAGGCUAUGGUGCGCCACUACGUUCGACUACGACCGCGACAAGAAAUGGGGCUUCUGCGAAACGGAGGAGCAGGCAGAACAGAGACACCGGGCGGAGGAGGCGGAAGACCUGUACCAGAAGGCCGUCAGGAUAAUCAGCAACACUGGCAAGAAGAGCCAGAAGAAGGAGGGCUACAAGCUGCUCUCAAAGGUGGCUGACAUGGGCCAUACCAAAGCCAUGGAGAAGGUGGCGUACGCCAUGCUGUUCGGAGACUACAUGCCCCAGAACCUCCCACAGGCCAAGGAGCUUUUUGAGAAGCUGGUGUUGGAGGGGUCCCCCAAAGCUCAAACGGCAUUGGGCUUCCUUUACGCAGCAGGACUAGGGGUGAAUUCCAGUCAAGCAAAGGCCUUGGUCUACUACACCUUUGGAGCGCUAGGAGGAAACCUUGUGGCACACAUGAUACUGGGGUACAGAUACUGGGGAGGCGUCGGUGUGCCUCAGAGCUGUGAAUCUGCUCUGACUCACUAUCGACUGGUGGCCAACCACGUGGCCAGCGAUGUGUCCCUAAUGGGGGGCAGUGCGGUACAGAGGAUCAGGCUGCUGGACGAGGUGGAGAAUCCCGGCUCGACCAGCGGGAUGCUGGAGGAGGACCUGAUCCAGUACUACCAGUUCCUGGCAGAGAAGGGCGACGUGCAGGCACAGGUGGGGCUGGGUCAGCUGCACCUGCAUGGCGGACGGGGGGUGGAGCAGAAUCACGAGAGAGCCUACGACUACUUCAACCAGGCGGCCAACGCGGGGAACACGCUCGCCAUGGCCUUCCUGGGGAAGAUGUACUCUGAGGGUAGUGAGGCCCUACCCCAGAAUAACGAGACAGCCCUGCAGUACUUCAAGAAAGCUGCGGAUUUGGGAAAUCCGGUGGGACAGAGUGGUCUGGGCAUGGCCUAUCUGUAUGGGAGGGGCGUGGCCGUGAACUACGAGCUGGCGCUGAAGUACUUCCAGAAGGCGGCGGAGCAGGGCUCGGUGGACGGGCAGCUGCAGCUGGGCACCAUGUACUACAACGGCAUCGGGGUGAAGCGGGACUACAAGCAGGCGCUGAAGUACUUCAACCUGGCGUCGCAGGCGGGGCACAUCCUGGCCUUCUACAACCUGGCGCAGAUGCACGCCACGGGCACCGGCGUGAUGCGCUCCUGCCACACCGCCGUGGAGCUGUUCAAGAACGUGUGCGAGCGCGGUCGCUGGUCCGAGAGGCUCAUGACCGCGUACGGCAGCUUUAAGGAGGGCGACUCGAACUCCGCCGUGGUCCAGUACCUGCUGCUGGCCGAGCAGGGCUACGAGGUCGCCCAGAGCAACGUGGCCUUCAUCCUGGACCAGAAAGAGGCGAACAUCUUCAGCGAGAACGAGACGUACCCCCGAGCCCUGCUUCACUGGACGCGCGCGGCCGCCCAAGGGUACAUGGUGGCCAGAAUCAAGCUGGGGGACUACCACUUCUACGGCUACGGCACGGACGUGGACUACGAGACGGCGGUGAUCCACUACAGGCUGGCCACCGAGCAGCAGCACAGCGCGCAGGCCAUGUUCAACCUGGGCUACAUGCACGAGAAGGGCCUGGGCAUCAAGCAGGACAUCCACCUGGCGAAGCGCUUCUACGACAUGGCGGCCGAGGCCAGCCCCGACGCCCAGGUGCCCGUGUUCCUGGCGCUGUGCAAGCUGGGCCUGAUGUACUCUCUGCAGUACCUGCGCGACCUCAACCUAUCAGACCUCCUGACGCAGGUGGACCUGGACCAGCUCCUGGGGCCGGAGUGGGACCUGUACCUCAUGACGGUCAUCGCCCUGCUGCUGGGCACGGUCAUCGCGUACCGCCAGCGGCAGCACCAGGCCGUGUUCCGGCCGGCGCCCCCCCCGAGGCCCCCCGCCGAGCAGGCGGAGCCCCAGCCCGAGGGCCAGUGAUCGGGGGGGGGCGGGUCCCAACGCUGUAACGGCUCCCGAGCCCUGCUUUUAAUGCAAGUUCCCCCGACACAGACGCACACACACACACACACACACACCCAUACCCUCCCCACCCUGUGCAGAAAACAGCCAGGCCACCCAAACCUGUUUUUUGACAGGGUCCUGUUUGGCCCGAGAAACAGGAUUCCCCACCGGGCCCGGUGGAACCCAGUCACUACCGAGCCAGUCCAGUUGAUGGACAGGUCUGGCUGGGGAACACAGGACUCAAACCCAUCCGUCUCAUUUUUUGUCGUAUUCAACGAACCAAGUAAGUUAACAUAGCAAAUAACAUCAGGGCGGCCCACCGCAGCACACGUUUUUGUAGCGUCAGCGAUGCUAAGCUGGACCUCUGUAAAGGAGGGGAAGCUGGACUGGGGAUUGGCCAACGUUAUUCUGCGCACCUUGUCACUGUAGCCCGGAGACGUGAUUCGUUAUCUCCAGAGUGGGCGGAAACUUUUCGUGAGGUUCACGAGAAGCAGAAACAUGCGAGCUUGACCGCCAUUGACCUUUCACCCUGGACUGAUGCCGGUGACAAAAGAGGUUGUUUUCGGGCCCCAAACACCCGUGACCUUUUUAAUACACCAUGACGUAAGGAAGUCCUUUAAAGACGAACGGGGAGAAUCCAGGUUGAAAUAUUUAUGCCUUUGGCUAAAAUGCUGUCCCUGUUCCAGAGGAAACUCAAGAUGAUGUCAGCAAAAAAAAAAAAAAAAAAAAGACUACUUCCAAGAUACCAGCUUCGUUUCUUGGACAUAUUCUAUAACUGUGCUUGAGGACUACUGUGUGGUCUGCUUGUUACCGUAGAGUAACGUAGAGUCCUCAUCAAGGUCUUGUUACACUAACCAGUCCCUGAAUCGACCCUGUUUCUUCUUCUACAUGUUUUCCAUUUAUACAGCUGGACUGGGCUAUUCUGAUGGACUGUAGAUCAGGGGGUACAGCGACAGUGCCCCACCAAACCACCUCUGUACUUCCCCUUAGGAGACCCUUGCUUAUGACACUGAGGAAUAGUGGCGACGGCCGGUUGUAAAUGUGUUUAAAUGGCAAUGCGUUCAUUCUAGGUGUAUAAAUGUGUAUAGAUGCAAUUGUCUAUAGGAUGUAAAGAAUGCAGUGAUUUUCAUUCAGUGUUUUUCUUAAAAAUAAGAAAAAGUAUGUUCUAAUAAUCUCCUUCACAUAUUCUUCCUUGGUUGCUUAGCACUUUUGUUCUUAAUUGAAACAAUGGUGAAUACCUAAAUUCCGUUUUUACAUUGUAUAGGUUCAUACAAAAAAUUGAAUAAAAAUUGACUGAAGCAAUUGUUCUGCAUGCGAGAGGCCAGCUCACCUUAAUGAAUCGGAGAAACCUGUCCAAACCCCAGGGCCAGGACGUUACAGAUUCAUUCUGAUGAAUCAAAUAGGAAGAACGCCAGUUUGAUUCAUUUUCGAUUAUACAAAUUGGUAGGAAAUUGAAUGUUUGAUUCUUUUUCAGAACAGAAUGCUGUUUACAUAAACGCUAGUAAAAGUAAAAGACGUG